AUGUCGGUUGCCGACCUCAAAGCCAAGGGCAAUGCCGCCUUUGCCGCCAAGGACUAUCAAGGCGCUAUUCAGAACUACAACGAUGCCAUCGCCGCCGCGACUUCAGCCGAGGACAACGUGCACGUCCUCUACUCGAACCGCUCCGCCUGCUACGCCGGUCUUCGGGACUGGAACAAAGCGCUCGAGGAUGCGGAAGCUUGCAUCAACGCCAACCCUUCGUUCGCCAAAGGCUACGGACGUAAAGGUGCGGCUCUUCAUGGUGCGCGAAGACUCGAGGAGGCCGUCGACGCCUAUGACGCUGGUCUCAAGAUCGCUCCCGAGGACGCUGGCUUGAAAAAGGGCCUUGCCGAUGUGAGACGUGCCGUCGAAAACGAGGCUGCCAACGGUCCCGGUCCCGAAGCAUCGCUUGGUCAGAUGUUCAACGACCCUCAGCUGUUCGCCAAGCUCAGCGCCAAUCCAAAGACUGCCGGUCUGCUUUCGGACCCCGCUUUCAUGGCUAAGCUCAAGUCGAUCCAGGCAAAUCCCAAGGAGGCCGGCAUGGCGUUCCAGGAUCCACGCAUGAUCCAAGUGAUGGGUGUGCUCAUGGGCAUUGAUCUGCAGGCUUUCGAACGUCCCGAAGGCUCGAAUGAGUUGCCGGGAGACCUCGAGAACCGACGUCAAGAUAUCGAGGAGCAGACUGGCGCUUCUGCCUCAAAGCCAAAGCCAGCUGCUGCUGCUGCUGCCUCGACAUCGUCCGCGGAUGAUGUCGAGAUGAAAGACGCCAAGCCUUCUUCCUCUACCACCGCUCAGUCGGCGCCUGUGGAAGAAGAGGAGGAGGACGAAGAGAAAAAAGCCAAAGCAGCCGCGGAUGCCGAGAAGAAGCUCGGCAACGAACGUUAUCUGAAGCGUGACUUUGAAGCCGCCAUCGCCCACUACCAGAAAGCGUGGGAACUUCACAAGGACAUCACCUACCUGAACAACCUCGGCGCAUGCUAUUUCGAACAGGCCAAGUACGACGACUGCAUCAAGGCGUGCGAACAGGCGGUCGAGGAGGGACGAUCGAUGCGAGCGGAUUUCAAGCUGGUCGCCAAAGCGUACGGGCGUAUCGGAUCGGCGUACGCUAAGCAGGACCAGCUCGACUUGGCGAUCACCAACUUCGAAAAGUCGCUUACCGAGCAUCGUACACCAGACGUGCUUGCCAAGCUGCGCGAGACGGAAAAGCUGCAAAAGGAACGCACGCGUCAGGCGUACAUCGAUCCAGCCAAGGCCGAAGCGGAGCGAGCGCGCGGUAACGAGCUGUACAAGAACGGCGAUUUCCCAGGUGCUGUGGCUGCGUUCACGGAAGCCAUCAAGCGAGAUCCUUCGGAUGCUCGAGGUUACACCAACCGUGCUUCUGCCUACACAAAACUCGCCGCGCUGCCAGAAGCACUCAAGGAUAGCGAAGAGGCGAUCAAGGUGGAUCCGAACUUCGUCAAAGGUUACAUUCGCAAGGCCAACGUGUUGGCCAGCAUGAAGGAAUUCACAAAGGCCAUGGAGGCGUGUCAGCAGGCUGAAAACGUCGAUGCCGCACAGCAGGGCGGUGCCAAGAACGCUAGGGAGAUCCAGGCUUUGAUGAACAAGUGCAUGAAUGAGCUCUACUCGCAGCGGAGUGGCGAGACCGAGCAAGAGACGCUCCAGAGAGCCAUGAGGGAUCCAGAAGUGGCGCAGAUCAUGCAGGACCCGGUUAUGCAGAGCAUCCUGCAGCAGGCGCAGGGCAAUCCCGCCGCGCUCCAGGAACACAUGAAGAGCCCCAUCAUCAGGGACAAGGUUCAGAAGCUCAUCGCUGCUGGCAUCAUUCGCACCCGUUAA